GAUCUACGCAGGUUAUUUACAGUAAUGGCAGCCUCCAUGGAAGAGGACGUGACUUCCUUACGACCAGAAAGUUGGUUAAUUCAUCGUGCAAAAAGCUGCUUGAAAACAGAUGGGUGCGCUGCAAAAGCAUGGCUCAUCACAGCCCGUACUUUGUUCCCACAAAAUUUUGAUAUAAAGUUUGAAGCCUAUGAAGUAGAAAAGAAUGCCAGGAAUAUCAAACUUGCUGCAAAAGACUUACAGGAAAUGUUGAGUAGUUUCAAAGAAGAGCCUCGCCUGAACCAGGAACUCCAGGCUGUCUCUGAUGCUUUACAGGCAGAGGGCGCUGAUCCCAAGACAGCACUGUAUAAAGAUAUAUUCAGUGCGCUGCCUGCUGAGACCCAGCGCCAGAUGCUACUGUCUGUGAUCAGUCAGAAACAAGAUGUCCUCCACCAGUGUAAAGCCACAUUAUUGAUAUUGAGAAGAUUUCCAGAUCUUGUUCCGGACACAGGGGUGAACUUGGCUGAGAGUCUUCUAUCAGCAGAGAAACAUGCUCACUUCCACACUGCACUCAACUGCUAUAGGAAAUACUUGGUUCAUGACCUGCUUCCCAUCAUGCUGAACUGCAAGGAGGCCAGCCUGGCACACAAACAGCUCUACAAGUGGCUGCAGAAAAGCAUCGAGUUUUACAUCUCCUAUAUAACGCAGCCCCCUCCUCUGGAUGCUGGGUUAUCUUCUCCAGAUAUGAUGUCUCCAACAAAGAAACUAACAAUGUCCUUCUCUGGCAAGCGUCUCCAAGCCAUCCAAGGACUUGCUGAGAAGGACAGUCACAUUCCACGUCCCUGGCAGACUUUGUUUGACAUCGUCACGGCAACAGGGCAACAGCUGGGGUGGGAGAUUGGGGAUUUCUUUAUGAAGACCAGUCGAGAAGCCCAGUGGCAAGAAAUUCUCCUCCUUCAUAACAAGUGUCAGCAGUCAGAUCACAGUGGCCUGCACAGACAGCUGUUGUACUGUACUCUAAUAUUACUACUACAGUGUAUACAUGACUACCAGACUAGGAUGGAUUCUGGGCUGUUUACAGGUAGCAGUAAUCACCUGGAGUCCAUUGCAUUAAUGGAAGGAUUUAAGGCUGAUGGAGAUGAAGGAAGGGUGCAUGGGCCCAAGCAUAAAAAGCUGAAAGUUGAAAGCACCAUACCCCAGAUCCACAGUAAUUCCAAUAUUCCUGACUCCAAUGUGUUGAUGCAGAAUAUGUUGACAGCAUUCAAGUGUUGGGAGCUGCUGCAUGUGGACAGCCUAGAGAAGGACUUUAAGAAGCUGCACAGUCAUUUAAAAGCAGAGACGUGGGCGUGGUUGAAGAUGUUUGAGGUGGAUAUGUUGAUGUACCAAGGCAGUUACAGAGAAGCCGUCAACUUGUUGUUGGUUCAGAAACAGGACUCUAAGCUCCGCACAAAUCUUCAGUUAGCGAGCUGUUACUUUUGCCAGGGAAAUUUAGCAAAGUGUUGUGAUGUAGUUUUGGGUAUUCUUGGUGAUAUGGCUUUCUCAGAUGUUAGCACCCCUUCACAGCUCCAAGAAAUAGUACACUCUGGUAGGGGGCGCCACAUGAAUUUGCUUCGUUGUACAUCAUCAGAAAUUAUGCCAUAUUGUCUUCACAUGUUAUUGGCAUGUUGCAAGGAAAAGGCCUUUUCACCAUCAUCCAAUGAUGACAUGGCCUUGGGUCACAUGCUUGUUCUCCUACAAUAUGAUUGGCCAAAACAUGAGGCUCUCCUCUUGCAAGCUGUAGAAAAGAUCAAGGCUCAAGGGUGCUUUACAUACAAUUUAUUCUUCAACUACAUAAUAAAUAUAGACAUCCUGGAGGAGUUUGCCUAUAUUAAGUCACACGAUGGAGGAAAACUGAAUCUGGAUAUCUUGCCUACAAGUACCAAGCUGAUUGCACA